AAAAAAAAAGGAAAAGAAAAAAGUUAAAUGGUUUAUUAAAUUCUAAUUUUUAUAAUCGAUUCCGGUUUAACCUUUCGUACUAGAAACCGAAACCUGCGAAUCUCAUCCGUGACGAGAGAAUCUCCAAACUCCCAUGUCAAUCUCCGGCGAUUUCCCUCCCGAUCCGCUUCUCUCCACCGGCUCCUUCAUCUCCUCGCCUACCACCGCAGGCGACGGAGCCCUACCAAGAGGAAGCGAAGCAAUCGCAGAUGAGGUGAAUCCGUCGCCGAGUCAACAAUCGGAUUCGAAGUCGCGGAAGCGUUCGGCGGCGCCGUUAGACAAUUGGUUGCCUGCAGGUUGGAGAGUUGAAGAUAAGGUUCGAACCUCCGGUGCUACAGCUGGCUCCGUUGAUAAGUACUAUCACGAACCAAUCACGGGACGUAAGUUUCGGUCUAGGACCGAAGUGCUGUACUACUUGGAACAUGGAACCACCCCUAAGAAAGGAAGCAAGAAACCAAAGAACACUGGUUCCAUUUCAGACCAUUUGGAAGGCAAAGGAAGGGAGAAAUCUAGCAAAAAGGCUGAAGAGCAGCCGCUGCCGCCGACGUUGCCGCCAUUGAACUUUGAUUUUGAGAAUCCACCAGAGAAGGUAAGCUGGUCUAUGGCAGACGCAGGAGAAGAAGCUUGGACACCUUUUGUUGGGAACGAUAAGGUUCAAGAUUCAGUGAAACGAGAUUGGUGCACUGCGUUUACCGUUAUCACAACCAAAAACCCAAGUAGAUGAUUAGAAUUGGCGAUUUUUUUGGGUUGUUUGAUGAUUGCAUCUAUUGUAAGAUUAACGGAGAUGGUAGAGUCAUUUCACUUUGCUUAGUGUUCGCAUGAUUUUAGUUAGUAGUACUGUAAUAUGAUAAUGGGAUAUACAUAUGACAUAUCUGUGUUUGCCUUUUGACAAGUUAUAGACAUCGUUUCUCGGACACUUGGACAUGGAACUUUUCAAUGUCCAGUCUUGUAUUAUGUGUCUACGAAAUGCUCAUAGUUCUUAUAUUAUGUCAACGUAUUCCUUUCUAUAAUCAAUGAAAAC